CUGCAGCUCAAAAAAUGAUCGAUGAUGAUGAUGACUCUCAAAAUAAUAAAGUGCUCAAACAAAAACACGAUUAGCGGGAAGAGGGACAAAAACAUGGCAUGAAAUUCAGCCCUUCGCUUUAAUUUCGAACUCUUUGACUCUUUUUUAACUAAUUCUAGGAAAUUUGAACAAAAUAAGGCAACUAAAUGGCUGACAGCGAUUUGAACGAGGACGUGGAAAGUCUGCAGUUGGAAGAGGAAAUCGUUCUGGCCUCGUGCAGUACACGAAGACUGCGGAAAAGACCAAUUUUGGUGAAUGCCUUGGACGACAAGGCAACGGUGAAGAGGAAAAGAUUCGUGGAGAAUAAAAAAGAUCUGAGUGAAAAGGAACUGACCAAGUUAUAUCUGAAUGAAAACUUCAGGGUGCCCAAGCAAAACCUUCUUGAGACUGUGUACGAAGAGACAAAUGAAGAAGACACUCCUGCGGAGACAAAGACUGCUGAGAAGAAGAAAAGAGCCAUUAGCUUCCCUCUGUUUACCACAAAGGCCAAGAAACAGCAGAGGAAGAAAAUGGUCAAAAGACUGGAAGUGUCUUCGCCCACAUAUCUCAUGAACAGGAAGCUCAAAACCAAAGUGUCCAAGACCAAGCUGGAGGCAGUCUUGAAGGACGUUGAACUUCCCCCUGAGUUGGAGGACGACGUCGAUAUGAAAAGUGUUGACAAAGACAGUGAGAAACAGAGCUCCGAAGCCAAAGAUUAACCACUGACCCAGCGCGAGAGCAAAAAUUAAUGUUAUUGUAAUUAACUUUCUUGCCGCUCUCGCAAAUAAUAAUGUGUGUUUGAGGCUUUAGGAGCAACAUAAACAUUUCAAUAUCAGUCUGUGUUAAUUUCCUUACAUUAAACUAUGUUGCAAACAACACAAUCAUUCUCUGAUAUUUUUAAAAUUAGUGUAAUGGUAUAUUAAAACCCAAAAAUUUGAUUACCAUCAUUUAAAAUUAACAAAAUAAAAUGUUCAAAGCAAA